AUAGAGAGAGAGAUAUAGUCUUAGAAAAAAAGGUGCUAUCUAGAACUUAAAGGGAUGGCUGUUCCCGUAGGAAAAAUCAUUUUGAGUUCCAUGUAGAACCUAUUUCUACAGGGUUCUACCUGGAACCAAAAAGGGUUCUACCUGGAACCAAAAAAAAGUUAUCCUAUGUGGACAGACGAAAAAGUAUAUUGUAACACUUUAUUCAAAGAGUGUACAAAGACAGAGGUAGAGAGAGAUAUACAGGCAACAACAGUCUCUUUAACAGCAGAUGUUUUACACAGCAGCCGUUAACCUCAUUUCCUGGGCGGAGAAAUACGCUCUAUUAGAGAAGUAACAGAAACCAGAAAAAAUACAAGAGGAGAGAGAGAGAGAGACAGAGAGAGGGAGAGGGAGAGAGAGAGAGAGAGAGAGAAGAGAGAGAGAACAGGGAGUCUUAGAGGUUAGUGGAACACAAAUAAUUUUGUCACCAGCGAGCUCUGACUUGCAGAGAGACAGAGAGGGUGCUGGUGAAAAGAGAGGGAGGAAGAGAGAGAGAGGGAGGGAAUAGGGGGAGAGUUAAAUAGAGGGAGGGAGUUAACCGCGUGUUCUGACAGAGGACAAGAAAGAGAGAGAGAAACGUUUUCACUCCUAGUGAGAAGCAGUAGAGAGGACAGAGAGAGAGAAAGAGGACGUGAAGAACAGGAGAGAUAAACGGACAGAGCAGUGAGGGGAGUGAACGAAAAGAGACACUGUAAUCUAACCAGGCUCGGGCUCGUACCAUCACUCACCUUCGCAACGACGCGCGCUGGUCUGGUCUGUUCAUUUCUUACCUUUCUUUCAUUAACAGAGAGAUCCAUCCUGGUUUAUGUGUCGAGUCAUUUUCUAUGGUCAACUAGUGGGGUAUUGUGAACUUCUCUACUUGUCUUUCUGCUAAGUUGAUAGAAUCUCUGUCCUUGUUGAAACAGGUAGUCUGUUCAGUUCAGCCUCGGUCCCCUGUUCUCUAACACAGCCCUGUUGCUUGAUUCUCUUUGUUAGACACCUUCCGAGGAACACAGAGCAGGCAGAGCAGUAUGUGUUGUGUGGAGUUACUAGCUACAGGACAGGGUUUGGCUGUUUGAACAGACUCAGUGACCAGUCCGUUGUGUCGUGUGACCAGUCCGUUGUCCUCUGUAACUCUCUGAGAGCCCAGCCAGCUCUAUGUGCUGUAAGGAAGUCUGCAUGAUUUAUCCUAGAGGAAGACAAGAGUGAAGUUAUACUGAGGUGGAACCAACCUGUUACGCUGCUCUCUGGGGGUGGCUGGGUCGUUACCAGUUGUUUGUGGUUGUUGUCGGAGUGUGGUGACAGUCUCUACAGUCUAGGAAGCACUGUUCUGUCCUGUGCUGUGAGUGUUCUUUCUGUUUGACAACUCUCUCUCCACCUGGCCGUGUUUGAGCAUCGUAGACGUCACUCUCUUUUCUACCUGACUAAAAAUAAAAAUAAAUCUACAUGAGGUUGAGUCACAGGCUGUCUGUCUGUCUGUCUGGGGUUCUCCCUUUCUGACUCAGAGGAGACUCAGGUGAUUUUCACAGCAGCAAUAACAGCCGUCACCGCAGCGGUGUGGGGGCAUUAGGGACUCUCUUCAUCACCACAGACCUUUAAUUGUUCUGGUCUGUAAACACCUUGCGUCAGUCACACUUACACUCUGACUGAUUCACUGUUCCCUGAGGGGGGAGAGAGAGAGAGACACAGAGAGAGAGAGAGAGAGAGAGACAGAGAGAGAGAGAGAGAGAGAGAGAGAGAGAGAGAGAGAGGGAGAGAGAGAGAGAGAGAGAGACAAAGAGAGACAGAGAGAGACAGAGAGAGACACAGAGAGAGCGAGAGAGAGAGACAGAGACACAAAGAGAGCCCUGAAGAAAAAAGGUGUUGAGAAGCAGACAGACGGACCAUGAGACUGGUGUGUUUAGUCUUUACGUGCCUGAUGGCGCUGUGCUUGGCGGGCAGUGCGAGCAGCAUGUCCACCUGUAAGACUCUAGACCUGGAGCUGGUUAAGAAGAAACGCAUCGAGGCGAUCAGGGGACAGAUCCUCUCCAAGCUGAGGAUGCCCAAGGAGCCGGAGGAGGAGCAGACGGGAGCGGGGAAGGAGAUCCCUGUAGCGCUGCUCUCUCUCUACAACAGCACCGUGGAGCUCAGUGAGGAGCAGAAACUACAGCCGCAGCCCACCACACACACACUGGAGGGAGAGGAGGAGUACUUCGCCAAGGAGGUCCACAAGUUCACCAUGAAGCAGGAUAAGAAUGUCACCAAGUACCAGAUGCUGUUUAACCUGAAUGAGAUGAGGUCCAGCAUUGGGGACUACCAUCUACUCUCCAGCGCUGAGCUCCGCCUGCUCAUCAAAAACCCAAACAUCCAAUCUGGCAGCGAGCAGCGCCUGGAGCUCUACAAGGGGCUGGGCGACAGUAGACGAUACCUGGGAUCACGCUUCGUCACCAACAAGUGGGGUGACCGCUGGCUGUCUUUCGACGUCACUGAAACCCUCAAGGAAUGGCUGAAGGGGACCGGUAAGUUCAGACAGAUAACGGUAUUCUGUUAGUCGGGUUAUAGCCCGUGUAAGUCAGGUCAUAGCCAGGGUAAGUCAGAUCAUAGCCAGUGUAAGUCAGGUCAUAGCCUGUGUAAGUCAUGUGUAAGUCAGGUCAUAGUCUGUGUAAGUCAUCUGUAAGUCAGGUCAUAACCUUUGUAAGUCA